AUGCUUCCUAGCCGAGCAAUUGUGCGCUCUAUGCCUUCGGGCACUCUCCAGAGGUCACUCUGUGGUCAAUCCACCUCAAGGACCCUGGGCCGAAAACUUGGAGAUGCUAGGCAAUUCGGCACAGCGCUGAAGGGUGCACGCACAUCCCUUACGGCUGGAACAAGAGUUGGAGUCAAGAGUAUUGCGGCACCAAUCAUCCUUGGAGGCGUCUCUUCCUCAAGGAACCUUUCCGUCUGGGGGUACAGACUUUGGGGACAGAAGAAGACAGAGGAACCUGUUGCUGAAGCCACCACGACAACACCCGAGGCUCCUACUCCUCCUGAGACCAUCGAUCCUACUCCCGCCGUCAACGAUGCUCCCGUUUUCCAGGCUGAGCCUGUCGUCGAGGCUGUUGAGCCCUCAUCCGUCACACCCACCGAGUUCGACCUCGAAUCCAUCGCCGACCUUGCCAACCCCGCCAUCCUCAACAUGGAAGAGAAGCUUGGUUUCCUAAAAGAAAUUGGACUUGAUUACGGCUGGGGUCCUACAUCGGUCAUGCAAUGGACUCUUGAGCACAUUCAUGUCUACACUGGUCUUGGUUGGGGCGGUACCAUUGUCGCAACAGCUGUCCUGCUGCGUCUUGUCAUGUUCUACCCCCAAGUCCGUGCUGUUAAGUUCAGUGCCGCUCUGAACGAGUCAAAGAAGGACCCCCGCUUCCAGGAGGCUAUCGACCUUAUGAAGAAGGGCUACCAGACCAAGAACAACGAGAUGACUCAGAAGGGACAGUUCCUCAACAAGAUGGUCCGUGAAACUCACGGCGCAUCAAUGACAGGCAUGUUCUGGCCUUUCCUCCAGAUUCCUUUCAGUUUCGGUUUGUUCCGAAUCAUCAACGGCAUGACACACAUUCCUGUGCCCGCAUUGGAAGAUGCUGGAUUCCUCUGGUUCACCGAUCUCACUGUCGCUGAUCCCUUUUACUGCCUUCCUGCCCUUGGUACCGCUUUCUUGGUCUCUUCCAUCGUGAUCAAUGGCAAGUACCAACCCGCCGCCCAAAGGGCCACUACCAAGAAGCUCAUGUGGGUGAUGGGUGGUGUCACCUUUGCUUUCACAACCUACCUCGCUGCCGGUGUCAACCUGAUGAUGACCACCACCGGUGCAGCCGCCCUCGUCACCACCACCCUUCUUAACACCCCAUCUAUCCGUAAAGCACUCGGUCUCCCUGCCCAAAAGGUCGAGGAGCCCGCCUACAAGCCUCCCCGCACCACCAAGGCCAAGGGCAUCGAGGGUCUCCGUGAGCGCCUGUCCGACAACCUCAGCGAGAUGCAAAAAAGUGUUUCUGAUCAAAUUUCUACCAUGACGAACAGGCCAGGCAGCACAGCGGAGGACCGCGCCGAGCAGGCUCGCAAGAACCAAAUGCGCAAGCUUGAGGACAUGCGCCGAAAGCUUGAGCGUGAUGAGUUUGAGAAGAAGUACAAGCGAUAA